AUGAACGGAAAUCGUAUCAGCCGGCGGGCAGCAGCUUACCCCCGGAAGCGCGCUGUGACGGCAUGCGAGAAUUGUAGAGCACGAAAGGUCAAAUGCGAUAAUCAACGCCCUGUGUGUUCAGGGUGCUCCAGGACGGGGGGAAUGUGCUCAUAUGACACGCGGUCUGAUCAUUCAUCGUUCGACCCCGCGAGCCUUCUGAUCCUGGACAAGCUCAAUCAGAUCCUGGAGAACAUUAACAGCCACGCCAAUACUCCACUUAGCACGUUGUCAAUUCCAAGCCUAUGUGAUCCAUCAAACGCCGCGACAGAACUUUUGCCGGCGCCCACUAACGCACGUCCCGAAGGGCCCUCGCCAUCAACAACAGCUUAUGGUCACCUAAAUGUGGCGCAGGAUAGGGACUGGCAAAGACCCUCUUCCUUCUCAUCAGCUGACUCGGUACUUUUGUGGCCGAUUUUUGGUGGUCGGUAUGCUGUCGGCCAUCUCGCGAAGGAGCUAUUCAUCAAAGAUUACUUGGCUUCCCAGCAGUCAGUUGAAUCUCCGGACGAGGGUCCGCCGUACGACAAGCCCUACAAGCAUUUCGUUGAUGAAACUGAAAUCCCAGAACUUAUUGACCGGUUUUUUUGCUGCGUCCAUACCAAGAACCCGAUCCUCGACAUACCAUCGAUGCAACGCUAUACAAAGGGCAUUGUGGAGAAUGGGGUUGGUUGGGAUGCACCUACAGCCUUAGUGCUUCUGGCGUGCGCCUUGGGUGCGAUAGCUAGCCCGCUCACUCUCACGGCAGAGGUAUCACAUUCGGGACAUGAAACGUCACAAGAAGCCUCAAAGCAUUCCCGGAUAGUCUCCCAGGCAUACUAUCACGCAGCCUGUAAGAGACUGGGGCUGCUAAAAAGCAGUAUCAUUGCUUGCCAAUGCCAUCUGCUCUCCGGGAUCUACCUAAUGUACCUGCUGCAGCCACUACAGGCCUGGGAACGGUUCCGACAGGCCUCAUCUACCUAUGCAAUAUAUCUCAGAGGGCAGGCUGCAUAUGAGAACACUCGAGGCGGGGAUCGUCACCUUUCCAGCAGUUCUGAUGGUCACCUCGAACAAAGUAUCUACUGGACAUGCUUCAAAUCAGAAUGUGAGUUUCGCGUCGAGUUGAAUAUCCCUGAAUCCCAUCUUUCUGCCUUGGGGGACCCAUAUAUGUUUCCAUCGCCGCCCACCCCUUCAAGUCCACGAGCCUCUCGACGUGGGUCUACGUAUGACCAAGAUGAAGAGCAAUCAUGGUUCUAUUACCUGAGUGAGAUUGCUCUCCGACGUAUCGAGAACAGAAUUCUGCGAUUCUUCUACUACGACGACAACGGCAGCUGGGAUCAUUCAGAUAUACGCAGUAUGGUGGCUAUAGUAGGAAAUAUCGAAGUUGAGCUUCAGAACUGGAAGCUCUCCCUCCCAGAGCCAAUACGGUAUGAAGGAAUCCCCGAUAAUGAGGUCGAUGAACUGAGGCGUCUCACCGAGGCACGAUAUUCGUUCAUGCUCCAUCUCCUCUACCGACCGUUCUUCUACUACGCGAUUCACAACCAUGACCGGGUCCCUGAAAUCGACGACAUUGUCGAUCCAAUUAUCCGCAAGGCCAUGGCCUGCGGUCUCGACUCAAUGCGCCUCAACAAUCCCCAAGUGAUGAAACAUCGACACCAUGGGAGCUGGUUUGAAUGCAGAGCGGCGACCUCUUGGGCAAUUGUUCUUAUAGCCGUGCAGAAAAGCGGACUCAUGUCGAAGAUCUACCCCCCGUCUACCACAGACGAGGAACUAGGAAUCACGGCGGCUUCCCAGAUGUGUUUGACGAGAUUGAGAUACUGGGAAGGUGAAAGUCCUGACGUGGCUAAGGCCAGGGGAGUCAUUGAGACAUUACUGCAGGAUUCAGUCUGUUCGAAGCCAUUGCGUUAA